CACAAGGACCCGGCCCAAUGUAAAAUUAGAAACCCUGUAAAUUCUAUCUGAUCUGCAUGCGCCAUCAUACACUCAUUUCAUCUUCUCCCUCUAUCUCCAUUCGGCGCUCCACCAACAAACCAUCUCAUCUUCAUCACGCCACUAAGGAAGGCCAAAGUCUCUUAAGCCACAAGAACCUUAACCAGCUAUCGUCAUCAGAAGAAGUUGCAUUGUCAUUGCAAUUUUGUCCUCACCAUGGGUCGUUUGCACAGUAACGGUAAGGGUAUGUCUUCCUCUGCUCUCCCAUACAAAAGGACUCCACCUACUUGGCUUAAGACUACUUCUCUAGAAGUUGACGAGAGUAUAUGUAAGUUUGCUAAGAAGGGUCUUACUCCUUCUCAAAUUGGUGUGAUUUUGAGGGAUUCUCAUGGUAUUGCUCAAGUUAAGAGUGUUACUGGUAACACGAUCCUUCGUGCUCUUAAGGCUCAUGGUCUUGCUCCUGAAAUCCCAGAGGAUCUUUACCAUCUGAUUAAGAAGGCAGUGGCCAUCAGGAAGCACUUGGAGAGAAACAGGAAGGACAAGGACUCUAAGUUUAGAUUGAUUUUGGUGGAGAGCAGGAUCCACAGACUUGCACGUUACUACAAGCUGACUAAGAAACUCCCACCAGUCUGGAAAUACGAGUCUACAACAGCCAGUACUCUUGUGGCCUAAGAAUCGGAUUUUGAUGAAGUAGAAGAGAGUCAAUCAUGAGGCUGGACAAAUGUGUUCCAAUUUCGUUGUGAUUGACUUUAUGAUUGGAGUACGAAUCAUAUCAUUAGAACUAGGAUGAGAAUAUUUGUUUUUCUAUGCUGCUGUAAAGCUCAAGGAUGUGUAUUUACUUGCAUGUCUUGGUAAUUUUGUUAGCUGUGAAGGCAUUUAGUUUUGUUUUCUACAAUCACUGUUUUUGAACUGUCUUACUAUAGGCUUCUCCUAAUCAACACAAGUGAAAUGCUCCUCAAGUAUCCUCUAUUUCUUUCUGAUAGCUCCGUUUCUUUUCAUUUCAAUACAUUUUGGCAUAAGUGCAGCUACUAUAAGGGAAAAGUGUGUAUUAGUUACUCCAGCUGGCAUGCAGCAUGUAUAAUUGCCUCUAAAGAGGAGUAUAUGACAUUGUGGGCUAUUUGGUUGUUGAUAUGUAAUUAUGAGAUUUAUAAUGGUAAAA